CGGAAAAGGAAAAUACCACAACUUUCUAUCUCGACUUGUCUUGCGGCGUCAAACUUUAUUGUCACAGCACAUCGUUUAAACAUUGCUGAUUAAUUCAACGAGCCGUUGUUGCAUUGUUAUGCGACAUAUUACCCUAGGAACGGAAGCUAAAACCUGGAUAAUUUGCAGUUUUUUAGCUCUGGGAGGAUUCAUAUUUGGCUAUAACUUUGGCAUUUUAUCUGGAUUACUUGUUACAUCGUCUAUUCACAAGGACCUCGACGAUCCCGGCACUGACGAGGGCCCUCGAUCGACACUGGUCAAUGUCACCAACCUUGGCGCGUUUGUAGGCGCGCUUAUCUCGGGGCCAUUGGCUGAUUUACUGGGUCGCAAAGGAUUGGUGUCAUUGGCGGCGGUUAUAUUCAUGUUCGGUGAUGUGCUGCAGGUCGGCGCAUCAGAUUUGAACCGGUUGUAUGGAGGCCGCGUUGUUACGGGGUUGGCGGUCGGUAUUUUGUCGAUGGCGGUACCUUUAUAUCAAUCCGAACUGGCGCCUAAAGAAAUGCGAGGAAGAAUGAUCUCUAUACAACAAUUUGCAAUUACUUUGGGGAUAUGCAUCUCCUUUUGGAUUGCGUAUGGCGUGUCUAGUGAUGUUGAGGGUUUGACAUGGAGAUUGGGCUUUGGCAUCCAGCUUAUUCCCACGUUGAUAUUACUUCUUGGCAUGAUUGCAAUGCCCCAAAGCCCACGAUUUUCUGUUUCAAAAAAUAAGCCCAAAGAAGCUCUGGAAACAUUAGCACGGCUUCGGGGAGAUGGUUCAACGGAUCAUCCGGAUGUGCUCAUGGAGUAUGCCGAAAUUUGCCAAAACAACAAAUUCGAACGUCGGUUGUACGGUCACAUGAGCGCAUAUCGACGCUUAUUCGCCGCUGGACCCGAGAACAAUCGUCGCCGACUUUUGCUGGGCAUCAGCAUCCAAAUAUUCCAGCAACUCACGGGUAUCAAUGUCAUCUUGACAUAUGCUCCCAAUAUAUUUCGAAUGACAGGUUUGACGUCUCACAACGUGUUAUUUGCCAAUGGAAUCAGUGGCAUUGUGAAUAUGAUGGCGACGAUUCCUGCCGUCAUUCUGAUUGACAAGCUGGGACGUCGUCCUACCACGAUCGGAGGUGCAGUAGUAUGUUGCAUCUCGCUUUGUGUGAUGGCUAUUAUUUCGGGCUUGCACAGUCUCGCGGGGAAAAGCAUGGACGAUCCCAACAGUGGCGGACCCAGCUUAUCGCCGGACGAUAAUGCAGCUUUGGUGCCUAUCUGGAACACUGAUGCUUCAGCCAUUGGGUUCAUGGUUAUGAUGUAUAUAUUUGUAGCGAGCUUUGCUUGUACUUGGGGUCCAGCCGGCUGGAUCUAUCCUACGGAGCUUUAUUCUCAAGGGGUACGUGCCAAGGCAUUGAGCAUUACUACAGCAGCCAAUUGGCUGUUUAAUUUUGUCAUUUUACAAAUCGCACCCGUCAUGUUAAAUCGAAUCUACUGGCGAACCUACGUUGUGUUUGCGGUAUUCUGCGUUCUCAUUGCUAUAGCUAUCUAUGCAUUUUUCCCAGAAACAACGGGCAAAUCGUUGGAAGAAGUGGAUCUUAUCUUCUCCUGUGAGUUUAAUUAUUAUGAUUUGGCUGUUCACCAUCCCCAAACUGCCGCAGCAGCUCUCAACCGUUUGGAGCGCACGCAACAACAAAACCACCGUUUAUCUAUUGACAUUCCGGCCACCACGAGUUUGCAAACGAAUCCAGUUAAUCUCGCGCUGCCUGAUAAUGCUUGAUAAGUCCUCACUUUCCCCCUUCUCUUGUAAAUUUUGUAUAAUUGCAUCGCUCAGUCUAGUAACAAAAAAACUACAUAGUAAUCGUACAUAAGGCUCAUUAAACCAAAAAUCCUCGUAAAAAGUAUCGUAUGAGCAGAGAAGUACGAAAGUAACCAGCCGCGGAAGCAACGUAAGAAUGAAGUUAAAAAAGGUGGAUCGCUUGGCGCAUUGGUGAGAAAACUCAGGGGAUGGGUUCACUGGAUCAAAAAUAUUCUGCGCGUCCCCUUGUUACUGAAGACACAAGCGGAUUCCAUACUCAAUUACACGACCCAAUUUUAUGCUACGUUUUCUUUUUGUGGCAUUUUAAGAUGCUGCUAGAUUCUCAUAUUUUUGUGUCAGGAUCAUGCAGUAUCGCCGGUGAGGGAUCUAUCGUGCUUAAAUCUCUGCGGACAUCUCUUUUUUUUGUGUUUCGUUCAAGUCGUCUGAUUGGCCCCUUUCG